AUGGUCGACUCGUCCCACCACCCACAGUCUCCGUCUGGACAGAAUCCAGUUUCGCUCGAUGGGAAUCACGCUCGGCUGCAAGUACGGCCGGCGGCGCCCGUUCUGCUGAGCCACUCGGCGGCGCAGCCGAUUGCAACGGUACCUCUGGCGCCGCUCCGAACCGCAGCGGUCGCUCCACCGCAGAGGGCUCCGGCGAGACCUGGGCCCAUCUCGUCUGCUGACGUGUUGAAAGCAUCGACUUCGAAUUUUUCUCCAAGCCCUGCUCCCGCGGCGAGCCCACAGAGAUCUCGGGCUGCCCAGGCGGUCGACGCCUUGGAUACUUUGCCCGCAUCAGGUCGCAUAGUGCAACACCGCCAGCCUCCGUCCUCUGUCAGUGCGUCCCCGAAGUCGCGUCCACUCGAGUCGCAAAACCAAGUCCAGUCCACGAAUGGACACGGCAUGCUUCACGACAGUAAAGCGCAGCCCGUGAGAACCUCUCAUGACGCUCCGUCUGCAAUGGCGAUGGCAGACAUCGCAGGUCUGCCGUCCAUUGAUCAGACACGCAAUUGGAGCGUGACGGAUCGCAAGAAUGGAAAUGGUGGCCAGAACGCUGUCGAGCAGGCCGAGUCGAGUUCCAACAGCGUGGCACCAGAAGACAUCGCCGUUCUGUCUACAAGCACAUCAGAUCCUCGGGCAAGCACCGCUUCGUCCUCCGCCCCCAUCGACUACGAGUCCUUGAUCAGCGAGGGUGGCAAGGCCAAACCAAUCCCAGCUGUCAGUUGCCUCGACGUCUUGGAAGACGACCUCGAGCAGCUCAUCAUCCAGCUCGUUGAAACGCAGGGCGAGCCCAUGGUGAUCACGGAUCUGCACAAGACAUCGGCGUGGAAUUCGGAUCUGUUUGAUCCGCACAAAGUCUUCGCCUCGGUACCCAAGGAAGAGCUGUACGGGACAGACAGGUCAUGUCACCCUGAAUGGUCAGAAGCGCUUGCCAAGGUGGUGCACCGGCGACUUGUCUACCAAGGACAGCACGAUGUCUUUUCGCGUAUCAGUCGCGGUCUGCGCCGCACUGAAAUCUCCCGCUUUGAUCUAGGUACAGCCCGGACACCUCUGAAGCGUGGGCUCUGCUCCAGUCUCGUUCAGAAUCUGAUGAUCUGGAGCGAUCCGGAGGCCUCCGCGGUGUGGUUCAUCACCAAUCCCGAAGACAACGAUGCUGUGGACGAGUAUCUGACCAAGAAAGGCGGCUCUCCUCACUAUGAGGGACACAUCCCGCCAGCUAACGAGCUCGCCGAAGCGACCUUCUCCCUUUCCUUUUGGAGGCAGCGUGUCGGCGAUCUCGUGCUGGUUCCACCGCGUGCGGCAUACAUGGUCAUGAAUUCGGGCGGUCGAAGUGUCAAGACCGCCUGGUCUCGUCUCAUCGUGGACUCGCUCGUCAGUGCGCUCUUCACCGAUCUUCCGCUGUACCAGCGCCGCUGCCAGAGGGAGUCUCACCACAUCAAGUCGGUCAUCGAGCAUACGGUCGUCAAGUAUACCCAGCAGGUCACGGACAACAUCCAAGGAAAGCUCGAGACACCCAAAGCAAGGAUUCGCGACCUCAGCACCCUUCUCCAGUCGUACGACGCUCUCCUCUCUGACGAGUAUGCCCCUGAUUGGCGCGACAUACCCGUCGAAGGAGACGACGUCAGCUACGUCGAGUGCGAUGUCUGCGGCGCCGACACCAUGCACGGCUUUUUCGAGUGCAAGAAGGGCGACACGCUGUGCGUGCAAUGCUACUGUCAAGGGCGGCUCUGCCCGUGUUCUGACGCUACCGACUCGCUUCGGCCAUACCAGCUCUAUCGCAACUUUGGCGAGCGCUUACAGAUUCGCAACCAGGCCGCACAGGCUCUUCUAUCCGUGGAUCCGACUCUGGCCCUCACGGUCGAACAAAGAGUCCAUUCUGGUGCAGACGACGACGACGACGAGCCUCCCUUGUUGCAGGUGGAGCUGCUCAAGGAAGAAGACGUAGGUAAAAGGAGUUGGCCGCUCAGCUUCUUGGCCGCGACGAAUCUGUACAAGCUUCGACAGACUACGGGUUGGCGAGACGACCUCGCGCCGUGCAGAAUCUGCAAGGCAACCCUGGAUUCGUCCCAGCGCUACUUUUGCAAGCCAUGCGGCCAUUCGUACUGCUUCGGAUGCCUUCUCCACAAGCUGUACAUCCAUCCCGCGCACGUCUUGGCCCAGAACGAGCCCAAGCUGUUCCACAGCUAUCACAAGAAGGCGAGCACGCUCGACUACAAGGAGUGGAAGCAGGAUCCGUUCGAGUUUCGCGACGAGGCGCGCGCCCAUUUUGCGCUCAUCGAGGCGGCGAGGACCAAUAUGAAUUGCGUUCCGCAGACUCCUGGUUGUCAAAUCGGCUUCUUGGAUGUGUCGGACGAGCACAAGCACGGGCUUUCAGGCACGCUGGGCGUCACGAGGCCCUGCAAAACACAGACUGACAAGGUCAAGGCUGCUGCAGCGUCAUCAUCCCCGGCAUCGACACCGGUCCCACGCAAGCGCACCAAGAACUCGAGCGAAGCUCCUUCAGCGGCAUCGCCCAAAUCACCGUCCAGGAAGAAGGUCAGAAUCGAGGCACCGAGACUACUCGAGGCCAUGGAUGAGGACGACGGAUCCGGGCAAAUGUCGAGAGCUGAGGAAGCGAUCAACGUCCCUAGGAUGGCGUCUGCACCUGUACCGUCACCCCUAACGGCUACGCAAGGGGUUGCACUCGGCGCCACUAAUGGCACGCAAAUGAGCUCGACCCAGGCCGUCACAUCGUUCCCGACGGUCGCCAACGGCAUUCGCAAAUUCGUUCUCCGAGAGGGCAAGGCACACCCGGUCUCUCCGGUCAUUGCAAGCCAGUCGCUCUCGACGCCACCAUCAUCGUCGCCCGCCAUGAGUCCCUUGAUCGCUGCCAAAGUGGUGCCAAGCCAGCCGUCCGCUUCUGCAUCCGCGCCUCGGAACGGAUCGACGAGCUUGGACCCCACAAACGGUUCCCUUGGGUUGAAGUCUGGAAUCACUGGAGUCAUUGAAGAAGGUGAUGGCAGUGCGGCAGCAAACAUGGCAGCUGCAUUAGCGGCCAACAAUGCUUACAGGGCCGAGUUGGCUGCACGGGCCCGGGCCGAAUCUGCAGCUGUCCCCACCAAAUUGGUGGGCGGCGCAGAACGACCCACAUCGGCAGAGUCGGAGCCAGGAACUGCGCAGACUGCAACCGCGUCUGCAGCUGUGCGCAUCGCACCGCCUUCCUCCUUGUCUCCCAAGACCCCCAGUCCGCCUGCAGCGAUACAAGCUCAGGCAGCAGAUCAAAACACAUUGGCUCUGGCGACAAGCGUGGUCGCCGCCGGGAUCACGUCGGGUCAGACGGCGCCCGCAGCGGCGUCGCCGCCCACUGCCGGACUCGGAUCGCUGGACCCCAUGACGCUGCGUGUCGUCACCGAAGUCCUGCGCAUCUACAGCCAGGCCAACGAAAAGAAGCUCGAAGAGCAUGUCGCUCAGCUCACGAAAACGCAGAUCAAGCACGCCGCAGAGCAGGCCAGGGCGCAACAGACCAAUGCACAGAUGCAAGCAACGCUGCUGCAGCGGAUCGAUCAGCUCAGCUCGGAGGUCAAGACUCUGACGAAAGUGCAUGCUGCAGAAGUCAAAUCGAUGCAAGACAAGCACGAGUUGGAAGUGAGGAAGUUGAGGCUUAGGAUGGACGAGGUGGCUCGCCAGCAGACGGCAUCGGAUGUGCGCGUCGACAAGCUGGACGACAAGUUCCAAGGGCUGUUCGACGACAUUGAUCGGCAGGCGCAGGCGGCGUUGCAAGCCGAGCUGUCGACGCAGUCAUCGCAAGCAGCUAGCAGCGGCCAGGUGAUGUCCGGUGACCACUUCGUGCCGCUCAGCAACGCUCGUUGA